GCCGCGUCGAGCAAAGCAACAGAGAGAGCAUUGGCCGAGCACCUUGCCUCGCAGGCUCACCACAUCCAUUCCCAUUUAUUUCCCUUCUCUACUUUUUCUGUGGCAGAGCCCCAGUUGCACAGGUGACUUGACAUCUGUCCUGCCUACUUAUUCUCCGUCUUCGAUCCCCUUCCUCCUUCUCUCCACAUGCCCUCCGAAAUCUAGAGCAGCUCGGACCAGGGUCGGUUGAUCGUCCUCGCCCAAUCACCAUGAGCUCCGAGAGAGAAAAGAACGAGCUCAAGUCCCAGGGCGCUGUCGAGGCUGCUCGCGACCCAAACAGCUCUGUCACCGGCGAUGAUGCUGCACGGGUCAUCUUAGACGAGAGCAAGAAAGCUGGUUCCGCCGCCCUGCAUUUCGAUCCCAACGCCUCCCCAGAAGAAAAGGCCGCGCAAGCCAGAUCGCGGCAGAACGAUACUCGUCGCCCACCCAAGGGAAUCGGAGUGGUGACGGAUCUGGACGACGGAAAGCCUGCUCAGUACGAUCUACCUCCGCCCGAGCCCAUUUCCGUUGCCGCGAAGGCAGAGCCACCUACGGCCCAGGCUGGCGCGGCAGAUGGAGUCGCCCCAGAAGAAGAACAAGAAUGGUCCAAGGUCGGAUGGGCUCCCCGCUUCGGAUCUGGUGAGACGGAUGAGGAGAAAGAAGAAGGCAACCUAUUAGACCAUCAAACGGCCCUCGAGGGGAGGCUGGACGAGAAGUUCUUUGGUGAUUGGUAUCACAACACGGCUGUCAUCAUCUUUGCCUGUAUAGCAUCAUGGCUCGUUGCUACCCUCGGCGGCGGUCUAGCAUGGGUCAUGAUCAUCAUGGCCACUUGCGGCACAUACUACAGGACCUCCAUCAGACGAGUGAGACGAAACUUCAGAGACGAUAUUACACGAGAAUUGGCCAAAGCACGUCUGGAGACCGACACCGAAAGCCUUGAAUGGCUGAACAGCUUCCUCGUCAAAUUCUGGCCCAUCUAUGCCCCCCAGCUUGCCAAAGCCAUCAUCAUGUCCGUGGACCAAGUUCUGAGUACCUCGACGCCAGCGUUCCUUGAUAGCAUGAGGCUUGAGACUUUUAUCCUAGGCACCAAACCACCACGCAUUGAGCACGUCAAGACCUACCCAAGAGCCGAGGACGACAUUGUCCUGAUGGAUUGGAAGUUCAGCUUUACCCCAACUGACACUAUGGACAUGACGGCGCGCCAGCUCAAGACAAAAAUCAACCCAAAAGUCGUCCUGGAAAUUCGGAUCGGCAAAGGUGUGGUCAGCAAGUCAAUGAAGGUCAUCGUCGAAGACUUCGAGUUCUCGGGUUUGAUGCGGGUCAAAAUGAAGCUGCAAAUUCCCUACCCGCAUAUUGAGCGUGUAGACAUUUGUUUCCUCGGUCGACCUACAAUUGACUAUGUCUGCAAGCCUCUAGGUGGAGAAACGUUCGGCUUCGACAUCAAUUUCAUCCCUGGACUGGAGAACUUUAUUAAAGAGCAGAUCCACGGCAAUCUUGCUCCGAUCAUGUACGAACCGAAUGUCUUUCCCAUCGAGGUGGCCAAACUGCUGUCGGGCAACCCCAUCGAUCUGGCCAUCGGCGUUGUUGCCGUUACGAUCCACAACGCCAACGGAUUGAAGAACCCUGACAAAUUCUCCGGUACACCAGAUCCCUAUGUCAUUGUCUCAUUGAACGGCGCCAAAGAGCUGGCACGCACCAAAACAAUUCACGAAGACCACAACCCUCGCUGGAACGAGACCUUGUACAUCAUCAUUACGAAUUUAACGGAUUCCCUUACGCUCCAGGUCUACGAUUACAACGAUGUGCGCAAGGACAAGCACCUUGGCACCGCCACAUUCGCACUGGACAGGCUGGAGGGCGCCACCGAGCAUGAAAAUUUGGGACUGGAUGUACUUGCCAACGGGAAGCACCGUGGGGUGGUCAAUUGCGACGUUCGUUUCUUUCCUGUCUUGGAACCGGAGAAACUCCAGACUGGCGAGAUUCUACCACCGCCGGAGUCGAACACGGGCAUCGCAAGAAUCACCAUCGAACAGGCCAAGGAUCUGGACGGAAGCAAGAGCCUGGUGGGCUCUUUGGAUCCUUAUGCCGUGCUUCUUCUGAAUGGCAAGGAGAUUCACGUUACCAACAAGCUCAAGCACACCAACAACCCUGUAUUCUCAGACAAUACCAAAUCGGUCCUCAUCACGGAUCGUAAGAGAGCGAGGAUCGGAUUGGUGAUCAAAGACAAUCGCGACCUUGCCACCGACCCGAUCUUGGGCACCUUUCAAAUCAAGCUGGACGAUAUGCUCAAGCUUGUGGACAAAGGUCAGGAGUGGUUCAACUUGCACGGGACGACGACUGGGAAGGCUAAGUUGAUGCUGGACUGGAAACCGGUGGCAUUGAAGGGUGCCACUGGAUCUGGCGGCUACAUCACCCCCGUUGGUGUGAUGCGCAUUCACGUCCAAAGUGCGAAGAACCUGCGAAAUUACGAGACAAUGGGCAAAUCCGACCCUUAUGCCAGAGUUUUAUUGUCAAGCAUCCCCAAGGGCCGCACAGUAACGUUCCAGAAUGAACUCAAUCCUACUUGGGAUGAGGUCAUAUAUGUGCCGGUGCAUACACCUUCUGAACGACUAAUACUUGAGGUGAUGGACGAAGAAAAGCUCGGAAAAGAUCGGUCUCUGGGCCUGGUCCAAAUUGCGGCUUCAGACUACAUGAGAGAGGCCGAAGAAGGUGGGUACGAGGUUCAUGACACCAAGACCGUGCUUUCUGAAGGACUGCGAAUGGGAGGUGCCGGCGAAGCAAAGGGCACUGUCAACUAUACCGUUUCAUUUUUCCCAACUCUGAACGUGAUGGACCCAGAAGAGGAAGAGGAAGAACGAAAAGCCCAGGCGGCACUUGAAGCGCCCGGAACUCCAACUGGAACGCCAUCGCACAGCAAGAAAUCAUCGGUUGAUGUCAAAGCUUCAACCGAGAUAGCGAGGCCAAGUGUGGAAGGCCGGAAGAGUUUGGAAACGGCUGGCCGCCUUGGUGCUUUGACAAAUGGAGCUGCGUCUAUCAGCGGCUCUGUUGCUUCCGCCAAAAAACAGUCACCCAAAAUCAAGAUCACCCCAGAGGAUCUCCACAAAUAUGAAUCUGGUCUAAUUGUCUUCAACAUCAUCGAAGGCCACUUUGCACAAACUGACACAAAGCUUGAGGUGGUGAUGGAUGAUCAUGCUUUCCCAUCUUACACGUCCUCAAAGAUUCGAGAUAGGGACCACCACUUCGGCGAGACUGGCGAUGCCAUGGUCCGUGAAAUCGAAAUGUCUCGGAUCACACUCCGCUUGACCGAAAAGGUUGACCGCACCGGCAAGGGCGACGACAAUGACAUCGUUGCUAAGCUGACGGGCCCUACGCUUCCUACACUACAACAGUGCUUGUACAAGCCCACAGAACUCACAAUGAGGAGCAAUAAUGGAGCGGUCAGCAAAGUGGUAGUCAGUCUCAAAUACCUACCUGUGAAGAUGCAGCUUGACCCCAGUGAGAGCAUCAACAACAUGGGCACUCUCCGCGUCGACGUGAUGGAUGCUGCCGAUCUUCCGUCUGCCGAUCGCAAUGGCUACAGUGAUCCAUACUGCAAGUUCAGACUGAAUGGCAAAGAAGUGUACAAAACCAAGAUCCAGAAGAAGACACUUCAUCCCGCCUGGAACGAGUUUUUUGAGGUACAGAUUCCGUCCCGCACGGCAGCUGACUUCAAGGUCGACGUUAUGGAUUGGGAUUUUGGCGACAAGGCCGACCAUCUCGGUUCUGCGACGCUGAACUUGCAAGUUCUAGAGCCUUUCCAACCACAAGAGCUCCAGUAUGCGCUCGACGGAAAGUCGGGGAUCCUCCGACUUCGAAUGCUAUUCAAACCCGACUACAUCACCCGAGCCCGGCAAGGGACAUCAACCUUUUCAGGCACCUUCGCGCCGGCCGGAAAGGUCAUUGGUGCGCCCGUGAAAGGUGUCGGAAAGGUGGGCGGCGGGGUGGUGAAGGGAGCCUCAUUCAUCAAACACGGCUUGACUAGGGGGCGAAGCAGCAAGGAAGAGGCACCAGCGAGUACCAACGGAACGCUGGAGACUGCAGAUGCCGCCAUGACUCCGAUGGCAACUCCGGCCAAAGCCCCUCCGCUUGUCGAUGGAAGCGCGACUCCUGUCACCCCAGCCACGCCCUCCCCAAUGAUGCACUCCCGCACCAAGAGCAACCACUCAACCAUAACGGCUCACAAGGGUGGUGAGACAGGAACAGCGAGUUUCAUUGUCGUCUCCGCCACCGGAUAUCCUCCCAAAGCUGAUGUUCAGGUUCUCAUUAAGAUGGUCGGUUCCCGAGGCGCUAAAGAAGUACACAAGACCAAGGCAAUCAAGUCAGCAUCGGGAACAGUGGAGUUCGAUGCAAACCACGAAAACUUCAAGGUGCCCUGCUCGGCGGACACGCAGUUCCAGCUGCAAGUCAGAGAUCACGACAUGCUCCGAUCCAAAGACCUCGGGGAGGGCAUGUUUUUUGUAUCUGACCAGGGUGGGGGUUCCGAUCAAGUUAUCAAGGCUGGGUCGGGAUCGGUCACCAUCCGCAGCAGCUUCGCAGCCAGUAACGGAAUUGCCUCGGAUAGCCUCAGGCCGGUCACCAGCGGACGGGACAGCCCGGACUCGAAGCGAGAGGGACGACGAAGUUUCUUUGGGAGGAGGGAUGUUAGCGGCAAACACGAAGGAUCCUGAAUGGAUCAGGGAGAUAGUUGGCGAGGCUGUCGAACUGUCAUGGUUUCGGCGAGGUGGCGUUUUAGGAGGAAUGAUGCAGCAGGACGGUCGAGCAAAGAAGGUUCUUGAGGACUGCCUACCCGGGGAGCCCUCGAGCGCCUUGUUCUCUCGCUAGACUUUUAUUGCUUGUCCUUGAUUCAGAGAUACCAGAUAUUGUUUCUAAUUGCGCGGCUUAUGGCCUGCGAGGACCCGGGGGGGCCACCGAUCAAAAAGGCCCGAGGAAAACGGUGCACAAAAGGGAGGUAUUUCGCAGAAUACUAUUCGUGUUCAGGGUGAUCGAUAUGAUUGCUUUCCUUCUACGUUUAUCUCUGGGCUAGGUGCUUUGUAUGUGCAGACAGUCUUGGCUGAUACCCAUUUCCAGUGCCUACGCGUCCCCAGAGGAUGUACGUGUCAGGAUACGAGUACUCGUCGAGCUGAUAUCAAAAGUAGGUGGCACAGUCUGACGAGAAGUAUACAGAGAAGUGGUUCACUAUUGACUAAAAGGUACCCAUCAUUGACAAGGGCAUUUAUUCUGUUAUUCUGUCCU